GUUCUGCGGCAAACUUCACGUUUAUUUUGGAAAUUGAGUGUUUUCAUUUUUCGUUACUCAGGUGCAAUUUUUCUGGGAAGACGCCACCGCCACGUCCCCAGAGAUGGAUUACGACUUUAAGAUGCGCACCCAGGCCGAGAGGACUAAAGUGGAGGAUCUGUUUGAGUUCGAAGGGUGCAAAGUGGGGCGUGGUACGUAUGGAAGCGUCUACAAGGCGCACCGAAAGGAAGGCAACGACACAAAGGAUUACGCCCUCAAACAAAUCGAAGGGACCGGCCUAUCGAUGUCUGCAUGCAGGGAAAUAGCCCUUCUCAGGGAACUGAAGCACGUCAAUGUGAUCAACCUGAUCCGGGUAUUUCUCUCACAUACAGACAGAAAGGUUUGGCUACUCUUUGAUUAUGCCGAACAUGAUCUUUGGCACAUAAUCAAAUUUCAUCGAGCUGCCAAGGCAACCAAGAAGCCCGUGAUGGUGCCCAAGGGGAUGGUGAAAAGUCUGCUUUAUCAAAUUCUCGAUGGGAUUCACUACCUCCACUCCAACUGGGUUCUCCAUCGAGAUCUCAAACCCGCAAAUAUCCUCGUAAUGGGGGAAGGAAAUGAGCGGGGACGCGUAAAAAUUGCAGACAUGGGUUUCGCAAGACUCUUCAAUGCUCCACUGAAACCACUUGCAGACUUGGAUCCCGUUGUGGUCACCUUCUGGUAUAGGGCACCUGAAUUGCUUCUUGGAGCUCGGCACUACACAAAAGCCAUUGAUAUUUGGGCGAUCGGUUGUAUCUUUGCGGAACUUUUGACUUCCGAACCAAUCUUUCACUGCCGCCAGGAGGACAUUAAGACAAGCAAUCCCUAUCACCAUGACCAAUUGGAUAGAAUUUUCAACGUGAUGGGUUUUCCUCAGGAUAAAGACUGGGAGGAUAUUCGGAAAAUGCCGGAACACCACACUUUAACGAAGGAUUUCAAGAGAUCAAACUAUGCAAACUGCUCACUUGUGAAGUACAUGGAACGCCACAAGAUUAAAUCCGAUAGCAAGGCAUUCCAUUUGCUGCAGAAACUUCUGCUGAUGGAUCCCAAUAAACGCAUUACGUCGGAACAAGCAAUGCAGGAUCCGUACUUCAGUGAGGAUCCCCUGCCAACGCAAGAUGUCUUUGCUGGUUGUUCCAUUCCAUACCCAAAACGAGAAUUUCUCACGGAUGACGACCAGGAAGAGAAGUCAGACAACAAGAGGCAGAAUCAACAAAAUAUUCAGCAACAACAAAACAAUACGGGUCAAUCGACUUCGCAUGAUCACAACAAAAGGGUUCGUCUGUCGGGUCCAACUGGUCAUCCGCAGCAGAACACACAGAUGAAUCAACAGCAAGACUUCCAUCAUCAGCAAACGCAGCAACAGCAGAUGAUGUUCAACAACACACAGCAGCAGCAGAAUAACUUCCAACAGCGCUUCUGAAUACCCUCCCCGAAAGAAAAUCCCAUACACUUUUUUUUUCUUUAAUAUAUUCUUCAGUUUUUAUUUCAUUCAGUAAUAAUUGAUUUAGUUUACUUUUAUAAUGUAAGACUUGCACUCCGACACCAAUUUAAAUUUUACAUAAAUUGCAUUCACCCAAAAAAUGUACGAAACACAUAGGACUUGUCCAGCAUUGAUGAUUCUCCUGUUUUUUUUUUUAUAAUGUAGUGUUAUGUAAUGAUAGGGACUGACUUAUCUUAUGCUCAUUACGUUGGUGGAGGAGUUAGAAGAUGUUCUCACGUCAAUCUUGAUUUUGUUUAGGUUAUUUUCUCUAUAUUAAUACGUUUAAAAUGUAUUUUGUAGCGAGAAAUUACAUUCAGUCACAGCCACCACUUUUUUUUUCAUCUCUAUGUAAUUCAUUAUGUUAUUUUAUGUAAAACAAAAAAAAGGUGAUUCAGAAGAUGCACAAGUUGCAAAUAAAAAAACGCAGAGAUAAUAAUU